AACCUACCCCACCACAGUGUCUCCCCUCACUUCCGUUGUUCUCCCUUUAAAUAAGCAGAAAGCGGGAGUUACAGAUAAAGCAAUUAAAAUAACCAAAAUCUACAAACACUUGUUCAUCAAUUUCUCCCCUUCUUCAAUGUAAAGCAGUAAAGUUAAUAUCACAGACUGUGUGUGUGCGUGUUUGUCUAAAAAAAUCAGAAUAUUUCAUAUCACCUCACCGGCAUCGGAAUCUCGUCGGAAAAUGAUGACCGGGUUGAUCCAAGACCAAAAUCUCGAAAAACAGAUCGAGAAACAGAUCGGAUGCAUGUCCGGUUUCCUUCAUAUCUUCGAUCGCCAACAGAUUUUAACCGGAAAGCGUAUUUACUCCACUAAACGCCUCCCUUCUUCCACUGGGGCAGAUGCAUCACCGGAGUCAGUUAAGUCAGUUAAAUCGGUUAAGUUUGUUCACUCGAAUGCGAUUCGAGAAACCGAGAAGCCGGUGGUGAAAGCAGAGCCGGAUGUUACAGUACCGGAAAGUCCAGACCGGUUCCAGCGGUCUCCGGCGGCGAAUUCAAAUGUUUUUCCGGCGACAACGCCGCCGAGAUCGCCACUACCGCUUCCGAUAUUUGAGAUGAAAGAGGGAUCCAUGAAGAAUUCAUGGAAGUUCUGCAAGGAGAUGCCGAGGUUAUCACUUGACAGCAGAGCAACGGUUGAUUCGAAAGGGAGUCUUUGUGCGAAAGAGAUCCAGCGAACAAAUGACGAAAGCUACGACAAGCAACGACGGUCGCCGAGUGUGAUUGCGCGACUUAUGGGACUAGACCAGCUGCCUUCGUCGUCUUCGGAUUCGGUUUCUAGUCCGGAAACGGUUAAGAAACCGGAGCUCCGAAGAUCGGCGUCUGAAUCUAGGGUUUCGAGAGAUUUAUUUCACUCGAGAUUCAUAGAGUGCAACAAUAGUCAGGUUAAACAACAACUAAAUCAAUCAGAUGAAACAAAUCUGAAUAGUAUUAUUCGAGAAAGUGCGAUUACCGCUAACACGAAUGGUAAUGGUAAUGGUAAUAUUAACAGAAAUGUUCAGAGUGGCAGAGUAAUGGAGUCGAUGAAAUAUUCGAGAAAUCAGAAGAAUGAAGCUCCUAAAGCGUCUCAAUGGCGGUCGCCUCAACAGAGAAGAAGCUUCUUUGACACAGCAGAUGUGUUUCCGGAGCCGAAACAGACUAAUGUGCCGGUGUAUGUCGAUUCGGAGAAGAGUUUGAAACUGAGAGGUAUCGAUGAGCAGGCGAAAGAUCUAGAGACGCUCAAGCAUAUCCUAGAAGCGUUGCAAUUCAAAGGUCUGUUACAUUGUAACAGACCUUUAACCAGAGACAGCCAGCGGAACUUCGUGUAUGAUCCGAGUUUCCUUUCAGACGAGGUAAACACGGGCCACAUGAAGCCGUGGCGGUCACCUGGUCCGAAUCGAAGAUAUUCAAGCGAGAUCUCACCGUCCGCCAGUCCAAGAAAGGAUCGUGGAGUAGUCGAUAGAAGCGGUAGGAGUCCGGUGCGAGCUAGAAACUCUCCUAACUCGAAAAGCGGAAACACAAUCGUGAAGCGAAAACUGUUAACCAUCGAAACCGAAAGGCGCAUACACGAAUCGUCUGAUUCGCGAAGAAAUUCGCCGAUUAACUCCCCUAAACUUACUCCUAAAAGAAGCGGAAACCGAUCCGAUCAUUAUUCGGUCACUAAUCACUCUCCGAGAAGCAACAGAUCGACCGAAACGGUUUACUCGAAGCAUAAGGUUGUUAGAAACCUUCUUAUCGAAGAUGAAUCAUCAUCAUUUUCUGAAAGUUCUGGUAGCACAACUUCUCAGUCUGAUCUAGAGAGAUCAAAACUGGAAGAAAACAGAGAAGGAAAAAGUUUGUUAGCAAGAUGUGACAAACUCCUACACAGCAUAGCUGAAAUGAACAGCAUUACCGAGUCACACACCAGUUUCAACUCAGUCAUACCGAGUCCAGUCUCCGUUCUCGACUCAGCGUUUGACAAAGAUGAGUCAUCAUCUCCUUCACCUGUCAUGAAACGCAGCAUUGAUUUCAAAGAUCUGACCGUUGAUCUGGAAGAGGAUAUUUGGCGCUCGGUUAUUUCACCGGCAAGUUCAACGAAAGACGACGAGUUCCUGUUCAUCGCCGACGACUCGGACUUCACAUACAUCUCGGAAAUACUCCGAGCAUUGAAAUAUGUCUCAGACGACUCAAGCGUGUUCUACUUCCUUGAAAAGCAACAAAAGGCUCGAAACUCAUUGGAAAACGAUACGACAAGAUGUUCAAAGCUUAGGCGGAAGCUCGUGUUUGACGCGGUCAAUGAAAUCAUCGACAGAAACAGAGAGCUUCCGCCGUGGAAGUUAACGGAGUCAAACGACUCCGUUAACCAGAUCUGUUUGGAGUUUCAGAAGAUUCGCGAACCCGAAACGGCUGAAAAUUUGUUAGAUCUCAUUUGUACUUUGCUGAAAAAAGACCUUGCCGGAAACAAUGUGUGGAGUGAUCAGCCCGUCGAGGUUUCGGAGGCCGUACUGUACAUCGAACGGCUGAUAUUCAAGGAUCUGGUGAGUGAAACAAUCCGAGAUCUCGCUGAAUUUGCCGGGAAAACAUCUAUGGUGUUCGCGCCACGAAGGAAAUUAGUUUUUUAAUUUUUAAAAAAUAAAUGGGGCAGACAAGAAGAAUGGAUCCGUUUUAGUUUGAUUUUCCCGCUCUUUUUUUAAUUAUUGUUAUUAUUAUUAUUAUUAUAUUUUAGAAAGUCAGUAUGUGGAAGUGUAACGAUAUUUGGUUUUAUUAUAUUAGUGUUGGAAGUUUAAAUAAAAAAUGAUUUAAUGAA